GCUGCAAUGAGAUCAAUUUGACAUUCAGACACCAUACAUCAGCCGCGAUAAGGCGCCAUCAUGCAGCGGCAGCGUAUCAUCAUCCUUGCUGUCUGCGUAUCAAUUAAGUGGGGUGAGAGUUUAGGUGAAUAACUCCCGAAUGUGUCACCACAGCACAAAAUGCCUAUUUAAAUUCUCGCCCUGUUCUUAAGGCGGUUGAGCAACUCAGGAACAAGGCAUCGUUAACAUUUCAACAACCUGGGCCAUCAUGAUUUAGCGAUUCUUUUACAAAGACAGCGACGCUCUUUCGAGGUCCUACUUCCAUACCGCACCUUGAAGAGCCUCGAAACACACUACCUUCAAGGUAGUAAGUCCCGCAUGGCUCGGUUCCGUCUCCCAAAACUUGGGAGUGACAAGUCCCCGUGGCUGUACACAUCUGCGGCUGUGGUUGGUCUUGCCGGGUUGAUUAAGCUCCGGGAAGGCGUCAACAAUUACCUUUUCUCUGAGACACACUGCUAUCAGUCGGUACGAACGCACUGGGAAGACGAGCCGUAUGCGAACUGCUUCUCUGUCUCUCCUUCAGGUACCUUCUCCAAGGUCUUUCGGGAAACGUCAGAUACGCAACUGGCCAAGAGGGCCGACACCGGCCAUGUCAUUCCUGGGCUAUGGGACGGCCACGGUCAUCUGCUCCAAUACGGCGAGUUUCUGAAUGCGGUCGACCUCUUUGGAUCUGAGUCCAUGGAAGAUGUGCAGACUCGCGUUCGAGGCUAUCUCGAUGAUCACCCUGGUUUCGGUACGAGACAUGAAUGGGUCAGAGGUGUUGGCUGGGACCAAAUGGCUCUCGGCCGAAUGCCAACGGCUGAUGACCUGGCUGGAGAUGACCGACUAAAGGGACUCUACAUCAUGCUAGAUCGUGUGGAUGUCCACUGCAUAUGGGUUUCGCAAGCUGUUCUCGACCUCUUGCCCGAGUCCUUGCCCGAUAUUCCAGGGGGUGAAAUCGUCAGAGAGCCAGGAAUGGGCGUAUUUUGCGACAAUGCCAUGGAUAUGGUAAUGGCCCUGUGGCCCAAGCCGGACAACAAAAUGAAGCAGAGGUUUGUCAAGAGCGCCAUGGAAAAACUCAAUGAAGUUGGACUCGUUGGGAUGCACGAUGCUGGAGCAACCCCUGAAAAUCUGGCUCUGUUCAAAGAGUUGGCAGGAGGCGAUGACUGGACAGUACGAGUCUUUUCCAUGCUUGAAUGCUACGAGCGUGAUACCUACUGCCCGGAUGAAGUGGAGAAAUACAUCAGCAAGGAUGGCUUCCUACACAUUCAGAGUGUCAAGUUGUUUGCUGAUGGUGCUCUGGGUAGUUGGGGAAGUGCACUCAUCGAGCCGUAUAGUGAUCGACCAGACACUUCAGGAUCCCUUCUUGUCAAUACUUCGGAAUUGACAGCAGUGACGAAGGCUUGGGCGAACCAUGGAUUCCAGGUCAAUAUUCAUGCUAUUGGUGAUUUAGCCAACCGAUAUGCCGUAGAUGCUAUAACUGCAGCACUUAGGGAAGUCUGUCCCGGCCAAAGCCCGUCGGAAUGUCAAGCGCAAAAGCGGUUCCGCAUUGAGCAUUCCCAAAUCAUCCACCCAGACGACCAAGCGCGUAUGCACUCCAUUGGAAUCAUUCCCUCGAUUCAGCCCACACACGCCACUUCAGAUAUGGUUUAUGCAGAGAAGCGACUCGGUAAGGAGCGGACAGCAAAGGAAGAAUAUAGGAUGCAUUCCCUGCUGGAUAUUCACUUGGUCCUUGGAAGUGAUUUCCCGGUUGAGCCAUCAGAUCCUUUCCAAGGUAUAUAUGCCGCGGUGACCAGGAAGAACCCGCACACCGGACAAGGGACAAACGAUUAUCCUGACGGCUGGCACAUGAGUGAGGCACUGAGUCUGGACCAAGCCAUACGGGGGUUUACUGAAGGACCUGCUUAUGGUUCUUUCCUAGAAGGAAAAGCCGGCGUGAUAAAGAAGGGUGCAUUUGCUGACUGGGUGGUUCUGGACAAGCCCCUGGAAGAGAUGCACAUUGAAGAGUUCCGAUCUUUGAAGGUCCGUGAGACGUGGGUUGCAGGGAAGAGGGUGUAUAAGCGCAACUGAAGACAUUUCUGUCAAUCGAGAUCCUGGGAAGAAACGGCAUUUGCGGUGUGUUGGACUAGACUUAGAUUCGGACCAAAAAAUAGAUGACGUAGACGGUCAGGACAAGAAGCUAAGAGACUCUGAACUAGAGAGCGUUAUGGACUUUUCAAGAUCAUGAACGGAGAAUAAGACAAUCAUAAAGAAGCCUUGAGUUCCGCCAUUCUCUCGAUGGCCUGGUUUCUGACCUGCUCGACAAUCCUACCAGCGGGCAUUACGUUUUUCACCAAGCCUACUGCAGUUCCA